AACACCCCUAGCACCAUCACCCCAAAACAAAACCCUAAUCUUCGAAAAUCUCAUCUGUACGCACACACACGAAGAGCACCACACUCCUUAACCAGGGCGAUGGGGAGAACAGACCUUGCGCAACCUACCAAGGUCCGGUGGGGAGAGCUUGAAGAAGACGACGGCGAGGACCUCGACUUUCUCUUGCCGCCUCGUCAGGUCAUUGGGCCCGAUGAGAACGGAAUCAAAAAGGUCGUUGAAUAUAAAUUCAAUGAUGAUGGUAACAAGGUCAAGAUCACCACCAUCACAAGAACUCGGAAGGUAGCCAACGCUCGACUCAGCAAGCGGGCCGUCGAGCGCCGCUCUUGGCCCAAGUUCGGCGAUGCGGUGCACGAGGAUGUCGGUAGCAGACUCACCAUGGUCUCCACGGAGGAGAUCAUCCUCGAGCGACCUAGGGCUCCCGGUAGCAAGGCGGAAGAAGCGAAGAAUUCAGGAGAUCCGUUGAGUGCAAAAGGUGGUGCUGUUCUCAUGGUCUGUAGAACAUGUGGUAAGAAAGGCGACCAUUGGACUUCGAGAUGCCCUUACAAGGAUCUCGCGGCCCCGUCUGAAGUGUUUGUUGAUAAGGCUGGCGCAUCCGAUGCUGCAGCUCCUGGAGCUGCUCCUAGUACAGGGAAGGGAGCCUAUGUUCCUCCUGGUAUGAGAGGAGGAGCGGUGGCAGAGAGAGGUGGCACCGACAUGAGACGGAGGAACGAUGAGAACUCUGUUCGGGUCACAAACCUUUCGGAGGAUACUCGGGAGCCUGACUUGCUUGAGCUCUUCCGACCUUUUGGUAAUGUGAGCCGUGUUUACGUUGCUGUGGAUCAGAAGACUGGAAUGAGCAGAGGAUUUGGGUUUGUUAACUUUGUUAAUCGUGAAGAUGCUCAGAGAGCCAUUAAUAAACUCAAUGGAUAUGGUUAUGAUAAUCUUAUCCUCCGAGUGGAAUGGGCCACCCCAAGAACGAAUUAGAGAACUCACCACCGCACUUGGAUUCUAUGAAAUAUUUACUAAGAAAUUUGAGCAGUUUUUGUUUUUGUUUUGAACAAGAAGCUAUAUUUAAUGUUUGUUCAAGACUUUGUGCUACCUUUUUUUGUUUAUUACAUUUUAUUUCUUUUUGUUCUA